AUGGAUGCGGCAGGCAAAGUCCCCGUCAAACUCGUCAAAGUCACCCGAGUCCUCGGCCGAACAGGCUCCCGCGGUGGUGUCACACAAGUCAGAGUCGAAUUCAUGGACGACACGAGCCGAAGCAUCAUCCGAAACGUCAAGGGACCAGGUACGUCAGACUUCCGAGCGGGAAGAAUGUUGAACGCGCAAGACGUUUCCCUGGGGCAGAAAUAA